AUGAGUCAAAGUGAUGACGUAGAAAAUGAUAUAAAUUGUCCUGAAUGUGAAUUUAUAGAAUUUAGCAAUAUCGAAGGGUUUGAAUAUGUUGCUAAAGGUGGUUUUGGUAGCGUAUAUGAAGGAUAUUGGAUGGAAGGUCCCCGAUGGAUCUGGGACGAAGUUAGUGCUAUAUGGUGUCGCAAUGGUCCGACCAAAGUUGCUCUUAAAAAACUUGAUGAUUCGCAAGAACCUUCUAUGAAUUUUUUUAAACAGGACGAAACUGGUUGCUUCAUGUUCGUUAUGCGAUACUAUGAAAAUGGUAAUCUUUAUGAUUACCUUGAUAGUAAUAAAGGAAUAAUUAGCUGGAGAGAUAUGGUUGACAUGCUUUGGGGAAUUGCUGGCGGUCUCGAAAGAAUUCAUUCUGAAGGUUUCUUUCAUUCAAAUUUACAUGGCGGAAAUCUCCUUGUUGAAGAUGAUACAAUAUCUAUCGAUGCAAAAAUUGCUGAUGAAUUGGGAAAUUGGAUUCAUGCAAUUUGUGAUGAUCCCAAUCCUUCUGAAAUUUCAAAUAAUUUUGGCAUAGCUGAAGAGAAAAGAUGGAAAAAAAUUAAAAGAGAAAUAGAAAACAAAACUUUGUCCAAGGAUUUGAUUCAUGAAGAUGCAAUAUAUAUCAGUCGUAUUUUUGAUUUUUCUAUGUUACAAAAAUAA